AUGAACUUGCAAGCGAGCAAGUCUGAUGCUGAGGCGGAGGGAGAAUGGCAAAUUGUUACGCCCGAUUGGUGGUGCACCUCGUUCAGCACCGUCCGUUGGGCACACCACGAAGGGAAUGACUCAAAGCCAAGGAUUGCACCACCACCUUACUACCAUGCUUCUCUAUACCUCCCAAUUUCUGGCAGCGGAUCUAAGUUCUCGGACUGGGACGCGUACAGUGGCACACUGAAGGGACGAAGGGAUGAGGUGCAGGAGAUGUUAAAUCCAAACUUAGUAGGUGUUCGAGGGGCCGAGGAGGCGCUUUCGCAGUACGAGAAGGAUGUAGGCUUUCACUACGUCAGUUUCCCAACAUUUGAACCGGAAGAUUUUGGUCUUCGCCCACCGGCCAAUCUUUGCACAGAAAUCGACGAGGAGGAGAUACAGGCGAACAUGGAUCAAUGGAAAGAGAUGGCGAAUGAACUAUUCAACGGGGUGCCAGAGGCGCUCACAGCGGACAGCGAUGAAUCGUUUGGAGAUUAUUCUAGUCCAUCCUCGAGCGCCAGCUUCCAACGGUGUACAUCCGCCAUCUCGAGUGUCGAUCUCACUUCCUCAGAACGCUCAGACGACUUUUUCGCUAUGCCUUCGACGCCAAAGGCCAAGGCUUCUUACGCCAAUAUCCUACUGAAGAAUGUCUCGCCAAGUAGCAGCAUAGCCAGCAUCGCGGAAUGCCAACCCUUUUCUCCGUUCCCUACCAAACCACUCAACGCUGCUGCAUCUACAUUCGUCCCGAGCUUUAGCCCUAUAGCCAAAACAGACCCUUUGCGUUUCUCUUCCCAUUCAGAAACCUCGCCAGUGGCUGUAUCUUUUGCCAACUUCACGUUCCCGACGUUAAACGCGCCUACGGUGAAAAUCAAGAAGGACGAACAAGGCUUUUUUACAGAUGUGCAGGUGGAAACUCCGUCCACGGCAAGCUCUCAAUCCACAGAGCGGUCACCGACAGCUCUCCUCUCUCCGUUCGUGCAGCCGCGUCGCAAAGUCCGAGCCUCUAGAACCCGGGAAAUGGUGGACCGUCUCCGCUCGCAAACUAGCCCCCGAGACGACCUUUCAAAUUUAGACAUAGGACACAGUACGUCAAAGUGUGUGAGCCAUAGCCCCAGCCCGAUAUUUCAUGACAUGAGCUUCGUCCAAUCACGACUCAGCGUCUCGGAAAACGGCGGUGAUCACGUUUCGGCUACUUCUACGCCCUCGAAUGGGGAUGAUGAAAACGAUGGUUGGAUUGAUGUUGGACAACCCAAGACGACCUCCUCUGCGGCCAAGCGAAGCAGGACUAUGGAUCUAUUUUUAGCAUUGACAAGAAGGCGAAAUGAUUCCCUGUCCUCUGAAAACGCUAAAGAGCCCUCUGCCUCUACUUCUGAAGAUGCUGGGGAUAGCGGUCUGCAUUCUCGUGGGGAUUCUCCUUCGUCCUCCCCGCCAACAUCCCCUUCAUCAAUGCAAAAUGAUGGUUGGAUCGAAGGUAGUAGUUCAGUGUCGCCUUCUGGGACUCAAGUCGAUAGCCUACCGUCUCUGCCUGCCACUACUCCAAAUGUAGGGCCUCACGCCAAGAAGCCGUCGUCAUCCGCACCAACUGCGAAUGCUCAUCUUUCCAUGAACUCAUACAUGCCAGUCCAUCCACAUCCACAGCACAUGAUCCCAGGGGCUCCAUUACCCUUCUUCUUCCCAGCCUAUCCAAACCUGGCGGUGCCCGUCCCAUUUCCAGCAGCCGCGUUCAUCCACAUCCCCGCGUCACCCUAUCCCGUAGGGAUGCACCAUAUGCAUGGCCCACCCCCUGGCUCCAUGAUGCCUUCGUAUGUCAACCCCGCUUUGAUGGCUGUAAGAGGCCCGUCACUGAAAACGACAAACCCAAGUAUGAAUUUCCGAACAUGA